AUGUCUGCAAAUGAAUUACCUUCUUCAGCUCAAGCUUUCCAAGAAAAACUCCUUGGUGGUUUUGUCUCUAGAAAGCUGCUUCUUCAUAACCCAUUUGAUCAAACAACUCAACGAGCCACUGCGGUUUCACCAUCUCCUCUCAUAACCCAUGAGAACAACCUCAGUGGCAAUGUCCUGAUUCUUCUCUCAGUCCUCGUCUGUGGAAUCAUCUGUUGCAUCGGGUUACACUACAUCAUUCGUUGUACUCUCAGACGUUCUUCAAUUUUCCUGAUCUCCGAGCCUAUUACUAGUCUUUCAACACCACGCGGUUCAUCAAACAAAGGGAUCAAGAAGAAGGCUCUUCGGAUGUUCCCUGUCGUGAGUUACUCACCUGAGAUGAACCUACGGGGGCUUGGCGAAGAGUGCGUCAUCUGUUUGUCGGAUUUUGUUUCCGGUGAAAGGCUAAGGCUGCUCCCUAAGUGCAACCACGGGUUCCAUGUUCGUUGCAUUGACAAGUGGCUUCAACAACAUUUGACUUGUCCAAAAUGCAGACACUGUCUUGUUGAGACAUGCCAAAAGAUCUUAGUUGACUUCACUGAUGAUGAUCAAGUGAUGGCAGCACCAACAGAAAGUAUAAUUAUCCGGAUUUCUCCUCUAGAACCUGAAGGAAGAGUAAACACUCUUAGAGAAAGCAGCUAG